AUGGGGGAUAAAACUCCCACGUUUCUUGACCAAGAUGCAGCCUCUUUUGAUUUUGCUGGAGAACUCAAAUGGUCAACCAACGAGGCACUCAAGUUCUUUGAGUUGCUUCUCAAAUCAGGUACUCAUCAGCCUGACCGCAUUACUACUUUUGUUGGGGUUCUUUCUGCUUGUACCCAUGCUGGAUUAAUCGAUAAAGGAAUUGAAUAUUUCCACUCAAUCAAGGAAAAACAUGGGUUGACACAUACAGCAGAUCAUUAUGCUUGUAUCAUUGAUUUACUGGCUAGAGCUGGCCGAUUUGUAGAAGCUGAGGAUAUUAUUAAUAAAAUGCCCAUGAAACCCGAUAAGUUCUUGUGGGCUUCUUUACUUGGUGGUUGUAGAAUCCACGGAAACCUUGAGUUGGCAAAGCGAGCUGCAGAAGCAAUAUUAUUUGAGAUAAAGCCUGAGAAUCCUGCUACCUAUGUUACUCUAGCCAACAUUUAUGCUACUGCUGGUAUGUGGAGUGAGGUGGCAAAGGUUAGAAAGGCUAUGGAUGACAAAAGAGUGGUAAAGAAACCAGGUUUGAGUUGGAUUGAGAUCAAGAGAAAGGUUCUUAUAUUCUUAGUGGGAGAUAAAUCCCACCCAAAAUCAUAUGAAAUACAUAACUUCUUGGGAAAGCUGUCCAGGAGGAUUAAAGAAAAAGGAUAUGUCCCUGACACGAAUUUUGUUCUAUAUGAUGUUGAGGAGGAGCAGAAGGAGCAAAAUCUUUCCUACCACAGUGAGAAGCUUGCAGUUGCACUUGGAAUUAUUUUAACUAGGGGUGAAAACCGAACUGACGUCAUCAAAAGUGGAUGA